GUGGAUGCUUCCUUCAAGAGGUACAUGGGCCAGGGGAGGGGAGAGGAGAAGCUGAACUUGGACAAAGGGCAGAUGCAGCGGAUGAAAGUGAAAUGAGGGGGAGGAUGCCUGGGUACCUGGGCUAACGAAAGAAUGGACAUGUGGGUCAUUUCCAUCCCUGCCCACCCAGAACUUCAGCUCCUCCUGAAACAUCUGAUCAGAGGCCAGCUGGUGAAACCAAAGACACAGGACGGAGGACAGCAGAAACCAUGGAGUCCCGCACAGCCACUUUCCACAGAGGGUUUGUUCCCUGGCAGGGGCUCCUGCUUACAGCCUCACUUUUGACCUUCUGGAGCCCAUCUACCACCGCCCAACCAGCUAUUGAAUCAGUGCCUUACAAUGUUCUUGAAGGGGGAAAUGUUCUUCUACGACUCUACAAUGUGACAGUGCAACCUUCUGGCUAUAAGUGGUACAGUGGGGUAACAAGUACUCUGAACAAGAUGAUUGUAGCAUAUUCCAGAGCCACUAAUGAGUCUACUACUGGGGAUGCAUACAGCGGUCGAGAGACAAUAUACCCCAAUGGAUCCCUGCUGAUCCAGAAUGUCACCCAAGAUGACCCAACAUUCUACACCAUACAACUCAUAUUGGAUAAUGGUGUAACUCAAGAGUUAUCCGGAGAGUUCCGUGUAUACUCACGUGUGUCGCAACCCACCAUCGAAGCCAGCAGCACCAAUGUCAAAGAAGGCAGUUCUGUGGACCUGAAAUGCCUCUCAAAUGACCCUGAAAUCACUAUCUCAUGGAUCUUUAAAAGCCAGAGUCUGAAGCUCACAGAUAGAAUGAAGGUGAAUGCAGAAGGCAACACCCUCACCAUCAAUCCUGUCAAGACUGAGGAUGCUGGGGAGUAUAAGUGUGAGGUCUCCAAUGGUGUCAGUUCCAGCCUGAGCGAUCCCUUCACACUAAGUGUGACUGCCAGCAGUGAUAAGCCAGCAAAACCAGACACCACGCCCACUAAGGCCUCAACGGUUCCCACUAUUGCCAUUAUGAUUUUAGCUCUAGCUGUGCUGAUUCUGAUAUGUGCCCUGGCGUAUACCAUGGUUUUCAGCAAGUCUGGCGGUGCGCAACCCGAGGGUGAAGGUGAAGUGAAACCGACGGAGCCGGCAGAGGCAGAGCCAGGGCCAGAGGCAGAGCCAGAAGAGUAACCAGAAUGAUCUCACAGAGCACAAACCCUCAGUCUCUCAUCACAGACCAGGCCCCUCUGAUAAGUCUCCUGACAAGGUGGGUGAAAUUGCAUAUUCUUCCCUGAACUUCAAUAACCUGCAGCCAACUUCACACUCCCCGGUCCCCACAGUAACAAAAACAGUUUAUUCAGAAGUGAAAAAGAAGUGAUGGCACCUAUCCUGUCACAGCACUGCUGACCUACUCCAUGGCCUCCCUGGAGAUUUCUUUACACUUGGAGGAAAAAGAAAAUCAGCCCCCUACUCUUGUCUUCCCACGUGCAGCAUCUCCAGGCUGCAAGGCCUCCAUCCAAUGUCAAUAAAUGAAAAGGUACAUCCGGGGAAUCUGUAGGAAACCCAACUUCCUUGUCACUGAAAGCUGGCAAAGCCGAUUUUGAAACAAAUUCCCUGCUGCUCCCUUUUGCCCACUCUAGAUUUGUUUUAAAGUUAUUUAUUCAGAGCAUAUUGAUUUCCUUCCAUCCCACUUCUGUCCUAUCAGACUGUAAUUGAACUUGCCAUCAUUUGAGGGUUAUUUCCUUUUCUACAUAAUUGUGUGUGCCAGAAAAAAAAGAGGAAGAAAAAGAAUGGGGGGGGGGGGGAGACAGCAAGUAAAGUCAAUAAUGGCUUUUCCUUUCUCUCCAAAUUUACAUGUGAACCUGCCAUGCUCAAGUAAGUCAGAUAAACAACCAGUAGUGUCCUGGGAAAUUCUAAGCUUUUGUUUCCUGGCACGGGGUCUAAACAUCUUGCUGCUUUGCUAGAAUACCACCUAAGUCCCUUGGCAAGCCUGUCUCCAGAGAAUCCACUAAAAACAACUGGGGAAAUGAUUUGCAAACCUUCACAGGUAACUCUCAAUGGAAAGUGCACAUAGAUCUUUAACACCUCUGAGGGUUUGGAGUGUUAUAGUCACAGAUUGUAAGGAGAGCAAUUACAAUCAGGGCACAGGAUUUAUAAUAUUAUUUUAUGAUAGUCAAAUUAAGCACAAGAAAGUGCAGGAAAUAUGUCUGUAGCACUAAAGACCUAGAAUAUUCAGGCAAAGUCCUGGAUCCAACAACAAUGUCCUGCGUGCCACCAGCUGAAGACCUGGAGCCCAUGACAAUGCCUCCCAUGAGUCUACAUGGAGGUCCAAAGCCCUUGAGAAGGACUCAACACCAGUCUCACAUAUUUGCGCUGGAUAGGCCCAAAGGUCAGCAGCGGAAACUACAAUCUCUAUGUAAGCGGGGUGAAGGAGUUGUAUUGGUAGGUUGGAGGUUCUAUGCUGGAGCUAACAUGUCACACUCUAAACAGGGUUCAGGUGUGCCCUGAAAAGUACUGCAGCCAUCCUCAGUGACACCAGGGUCCUGAGUUUCUCUGCUGUAAUAACAGUCAAGUACAUGCCAGAAAGCCAGCAUGACAAGUUUCUCCUGGAUAUUAAACAGCACACAUCUUCCCCUCUGGAGCCAGGAAGAGAUGCUCAAUGUAAGGACCAGAGCUCCCCCAAAGUGAACCACAGCCACUCUCACCAAUAAACACCAAGCUCCUCUGAUAGUAAUGGUUGAACUCACACUGGGUAAGCUAGUCAUGAUGAGCUCCUCCAGGAGAACCAAUGGAUCGAAAAGCAACACUUAGGAGAACCCACAACACCACACUUUUCUUCUCCACAUCUCUAUUUAUGCUGGCAACUUUCCUCAGGUGGGCCAUCUACACUCAGCACCAUGCUUAUUUAAUUCAGCUGGUAUUAAGUUGACUACCAGUUCUUUAUGUAUAACACAGGGCAAUUCAACUUUGAAGAGAUGCAGUUGCUGGAAACUCAGGAAGAGAACAGAGUUGUUCAUCAUUCAAUAUUUAAAAUUAUUGGCAAUGAAUGCACAACUGGAGACAUAUGAUUUUUCCCUUUUCUGAGACAUUCUACCACUUUAAAUUUUGCAACUGCUUAUUUCUAUGAAAAGGGUUAUUUUUACUUAGCUGGUAAGCUGAUCUGACCACCUUGUUAUAUAGGAAGCCACCAAAAUCCCUCAGCUUCCUUGGCUAGAGCCUUUCAAGGCUUUUUUGUCAAAGACUUCAAAGAAAAAAUAAGAAGAAGCUUUGCUCAUUCAUGCCAGACACAGACCUGAGUCAGUUUCCAAACACGUCAGACCAGCUGUCUUUCCAUUCCAUGUUGCUGCCUGGGCAUUCUCUACCUGUCUGCCCUAGUGUCUCAGGAAACCUUGGUCUCUGCAAGGGUGUGUUUGACCCUUGGAAAGUAGGAGCUCUCUAAAGGGAAUCAUAGGCUCCUGCUGAUAGCUUUGUUUACAACCUGGGAAACUGCCCCGUAGGAAUGAGGGCCACAAGAGGCUGUGGGGGCAUGAGGGUUACCCCAACCUGGGGUUUCUGAUUGGCCUCUGAAACUUAGCUUUUCUCCCAUGGGAUCUAUGAGUCCCAAUGGGACUUAGAAUAAAAAGAGACAAGAGAAGGAAGGCAAAUGUCCUCCACAAGAAGCCUUUUGCCACACAGAUAAAACAUAUUUCGGGCUGUACAGAAAGAUUUUAUUUGAUGUUCACUGAUCUAUCACAUGCUAUGCCUAACAGGUCUCCUCUAAGAGAAUUCACUGGGAGUUCUACUCAGGUACCUCUUUCAGGGAUUUCUAUCCCUGACACAGAUUGUAUGUACUUUCCCUCCUCUGUGCUGUGCUGGAUUAUUUAAUUUAGCCUGGCUAAAGCCACUGCUGAUUCUUUGUAAAAUUUUCUCUAUAAUAAAAAUAUAUAUUAGAUAUCGA